CCGAGUCUGUGGCCAUGUCAUUACGUUCGAACGUCAGUAGUUGGAACAAGGACGCGUUAUGUGCAGAAGCCUCAGAGCACGAGCCGCACGAGAAUCGCUGAAAAUCGAAAAUCGCUACGGGAAAAGCAAUAAAAUAAUAUAAAGUAAAUAAAUAAUAAUUACAAAAAUAAAGUAAAUUGAAAAAAAUAUAUAUCCUGCUGUCAAUUUCACACCAAGAUGUCAGAGUAUCAGGUGCUCAAGUGUGGUGCGUGAGUGCAGUUGUGUUUUUCGGCCAAAAAGGAAAGUUUCGUAAUUUGUGCCAAAUCAGCAGAUUGCCGUUACGUAUACGCAACGUGUGCGGAGUGCGGAGAUCCUUUAUUGAUUGUUACAAGGUGAAAACAAAAAAUAAAAACCAUUCGAAUAACGAAAAAUCGCAGAAUGAUGCUGGCCCAGUGAGUUUUCCAUAGCGACGCCUCGUUUCGGAGGCCUCAGCAGUGAAAUGUUUGCAGCUGACAGUCAAGGUCGCCGACGCUUUUGACCGCAAACAUGUCGCCCACAAAAACAUAAGGAUUCCAGCACAACAAAAAAGUAAAACAACAAACAAUACAAAUAAAAACAAACGAAGCAUUUUCCGCAGGCAGUUUAAAAUCAUCAUCAGCUCAUCAGGAAAGCGAAAUUAAAAUGCCGAGGAUGCCCAGACGCCACAAACACUGCCAUCACCGGUUGUGGAGCUCAUCUUCGUCGGUGCUGCGUCUGGUGGAGCUGCAACUGCUGCUGCCCGCGGUGUUGGUCCUCCUGCUGGCCACCACCCUCGGAUUCGCCUGCCGCGUCUCUGAGUUUUCCUGCAAGGGCAGCGGGAACAGCGGCAACAUUUGCGUUCCACUGGACAAAUACUGCGACGGACGCAGCGACUGUGCCGAUGGCACCGAUGAGCCCAAACAUUGCUCCGUCUGCAAUCGGACUUAUUAUGGCGAUAUUGGACGCACCUAUGCCAUAAAAGUGCCAACGCCACAGUGGAAUAAAUUGCCGUUCCUCUGUCACUUGACAUUCACAGCAUCCGGUCAUGAUCAAGGCGACAUUGUCCAGAUCAUCUUUGAUGGCUUCACGGUGGGCCGCUUCGACGAGGGCAUGGUCGACACGGACGUGGAUGGUUACGAAACGAGCCUUAGUCCCACCGGCGAACUGCCCGGCUGCCCCGAGGGCUUCAUGCAGCUCAGCGAAUUGGGACGCCCAUUCACCGGCGGCUCCUGGUGCGGCAAGGCCACUGGACCGCAAUUAUACUUUAGCGAGACAUCCACGGUGACAGCGUCGGUGAAGGUAUUUCAUCCGCCACGCAAUAUCCGAGAUGAGAAGCCCUUUGAGUUCAGCAUACGAUAUAAGUUUAUAAGCCAAUCGGAUGCCGUUGUGAGAUACGGACUGCCCGAUAAGCCGCUCGAACUUGGCCGGGUGACACCUGGCACCUAUUGUACCAGGCAAUUCGAUGAAUGCUAUCGUAACAAGUGUCGCCUGCAAAGUCCAAAUUAUCCCGGUAUGUAUCCAAGGAAUGUAACUUGCUAUUGGACGAUCCGGCAGAAAGAAGUGCCGACCAGCAAACAUGCCAUGAUUGCAGUUAGCCAGGAAAACCAGCAUAAGGCCUUGGUGAAGCGCUCGAUUGCCAGCUUUAACAAGACCUCACGUUCAAUUCGAGCCUGGUCCGACUGUACAGGUGAGAGGGAUCACCUGAUAUUCUACGACGGCAGCUCCACCAACGAUCCCGUCUUGGCCAAAUACUGCGGAGGCGACUGGCUGCCACGCGUAGUGUCACGUGGCCCCGAAAUGCUGGUGGCCUUUCAUUCCAGUCCUUUUUCGGCGCCUCUGCAGCAGGGAAUCCCGAAUCGUGGCUUUGAACUGGACGUGGACAUACUCUUCACCGACUCCGACUCGUUUGACUUUGCCCAGGGCACCAAGAACCUGUGCGAGUUCCACAUCAAUGCAUCGAAUCCAGAUGAUGUGCUCUUCUCGCGCCGCGGCCGCAUGGGGCGCAUUGUGAGUCCGCGUCACACGCUUCCGCCGAAUACGACAUGCACGUACCACUUUCACGGAUAUCCUGGUGACCUGAUUUGGUUAUCGUUCACCAGCUACAAUCUGCAGAUACUGCAGCAGGCGAUACACGACAACAAUACGCUGGGACGGAGCGAUCUGCCGCCUUGGAUAACCCGCCUGAGGAUGUGGGACAGCUAUGGAACAUAUGUGCCCAUGAAAUCGACAAGUUCAACCACCGGGCAACCACCCCCACCUCCCCCCGUGGCCUCGUCCGCCGACGGGGGCAAGCCCACGCUUCUAAAUCAGAGCAAUUACGGCAGCUACUACUACAGUGCCAGCAAUCCGAAGCUGAACCGAAAUCUGAGGGUGAACAUCGACAAUGCCUGGAAUCCGGUGGACACCUACAUCUACGGCCCCACUCAGUCCAGUGUCUUCAACCAGGAGAAUAAGUACAGUGGCUACCAGGGCGGUGGACCCGGAGGAUCGGCCGGGGGAGCCGGUAAACAGGUGGGUGGCGUCAAGGACAGCCUUAAUUUCAUCUCGAGCGGCAAGUCCUCGAAGGAGGUCUCCGCCGCCGCUGUGGUCAGCUCGGACCGGAACAGUGCCAUCGCCCUGAUGAGCUCCAAAGGCAAGAGGCGCCUCAUGCUGGAGAUCUACGACUACGAGACGCCCAAGCUCUGCGAUCAUACGGCCAUCGGGAGUGGCGUGAGCGGAAGUAGCGCCAUUAUGGGCGGAAACAAGCAGAGGCCCUGCAGUCCCCUGGAGAGUUACGUCAGCACCGGAAGGGAUUUGAAACUGGAGUUCCACACGCAUACGGGCACCGCCUUGUUCCCGGCCCAGUUUGCCCUGAAUUACGAGUUUGUGGACACGGAACAGGGCGGAGAAACCUGGGCAGGACGACGCGGCGAGGAUCCCGUACCGCCACUAUGUUCCAGGGUCUUCCGCAAGAGGAAGGGUAACAUCCAGGUGCCAAGAAACGUAUUCCUUUACGGGCGAGGAGGAGCCAAGAACAUAACCUGCCUGUACCGCUUUGAGGCUGGUCCUUCGGAGCGGGUUAAGCUGGUCCUGCACAACGUGUCCUUCGGCGAUGGUACAGCCUGCACCACGGACUCGGACCUGCAUACGGGCAGACCUCGCUGCAAUCAACUGGAUCCCGAGGGUCGCAUCACGGAGCUGAGAUUAUUCGAUGUCCCCUUCAGGGACGUGAAAAUCCAGCUGGGCUGCUUCUGUGACAAUUCGAGUGCCCUUUACUCCAAUGCACCGCUCACCUUCGUGUCCCAUUCGCGGAUUAUGGAGCUUACGUUUACAGUCACGAGACUGAAUAUAUCCGAGGAUUUCGCAGAUGUUUUCUUCUCAGCUUCAUAUGAGUUUAAGCGGCAGCCGGACUGCAGGAAGCAGCUGAAGCUGAAGGGCGCCGGCGGAGAGGAUGAUUUAAAAUAUCCUCUGAAGACCCAGGAUGCCAGCUGCGAGGGUCUGGCCUGGUACAUCGAAGCCCAGUCCGCCGAGAGAUCGCUGUUCGUCCAGACUUGGGGUGCUUAUCUGCCGGUGGAUCCCACCUCCGAGGACGCCAUGAGGUGUCACACCAAGAAUCGAUUGAUGGUUUACUCGGGACGACCUUUGCGGCCCAUGAGGGUCGUGUGCCCAGCCCAAAGUGGACCCAGGCCGACGUCCCUUCACAUUUUCUCUGAAGACUGGACCAAUGGACAGCCCUUGUUCCUGAAUAAACCCGUCAGCCUGGUACUGGAACCCAUUCUCAAGGAGCCCGGCGACAUUGGCUUCACGUGGCUGGAGAUCCAUCGCACCAAGAACGCUCUCCUGCAGCAAUUGGACCUGCAUGUGAAUGCAAGCGUAACCACGGGCCUGGGCACUCAGUCCUCCUCGCCCACCUCCCAUUCGGGCGGCGGUGGGGUUGGGGGCCUGGGUGGGGCGGGCACUGGUGGUGCCGGAUCGGGAAGCAACGCCGGAGGCUCUGCAGGCGGGGCGACGGCCAAUGAAACGCUGAACGAGUUCGGCUUCUUUCCCAAGGAGUCGGAUUGCGAAUACAAAUGUCCUGAAAUUGAUGCAUGCAUAGCGGCCAGCCUGUGGUGUGAUGGUCAUCACAACUGCCCCAGCGGCUUCGACGAGUCUGAGGAGGAGUGCGGUACCGCCCGGAAGCUCCUGGAGUUGCCCGGCGGUGUAUUCGCCGCUCUUGGCUGCAUUGCUGCCGCCCUGACCGCCUGCCUCAUAUUCUGCAUGUUCGGCCUGAUGCGCAAACGGAAAAAGUCGGUGGUGCAGAAGGGCGGCGGCAUGGGUGGUGUGGGUGUGGGUGUGGGCGUGGGUGGCAUGGGCGGCAUGGGUGGCGUGGGAGUAGGGGGCAUUGGCUUCAUGAACGGAGCUAGCAAUGGCAAUUUGUCGGCGGGCAGCAUCGGCACUUUGAAGAAGGACUUCAAGAAGGAGGCGCUCUACAUCGACCCUGCCUCCUGACAUGGGCUCCAGCCGGUCGAAUAUAUCCACGUGGAUCGGGAGACCACCGUGUGAUAUGUUGCCGCCGGCUGUGGCUUUACCUAUGAUCAUGUGGAGCUUUGCAUGGAGACGGCCUGACCGGAGGAUCACCGGACAACGGCUGAUCCUGAACCCGUUCAAAAUCUGGCCUGGAGAUUUUAAAGAUACAGAGGCAACGCCUGAUGGUAUGAACACUAUAUGAAACUAUACUUAAGUCGAUAACUUUUCUAAAUGCUUCUGGGAGUAACAAAUUGAGCGCGAAUGUGUGUGGUUAGUCAUAGGGAAAAGUUGAUCAGCCGCCUAGAGGAAAAGUAGAUCUUCAUAUUUGUGUUAUUUUAGGUUCUUCUACUAGCUAGUCAGUCUGCAAGUCUGUACAUACUUUCGUUCUCAGAGUUUGGUUUUGAAAUAGAAGUCAAAGCUAUGAUUUUAUUAAUCAAAUAGUUUUUAUCGCAGUUGUUGAUAAAAUAAAGUAAUGAGAAUCUUGAAAACUUCACCAAAAAGCAUCCAUUGAAACACCUUUUUACAGAAUACAUUUUUCUGUCUUGAAACCACUUUUGACUUCCAUUUGCAUUUAUUCUUUUUAAUUACAAAUCGAACUAAUGUUUUUUAUCAAGACUAAAAGAAAAAUAAACAAAAGCAAAAGCAUAAUAAAAAGGUAAAUAAAUCAGAAAUAACUAUUGUAAAUUAGGUACCUUUAAUACAUUUAGAUCCGCUAGAGAGCAAACAAUUUGUGGGCAGUUCGUAGAUGCCAUUGGCAUGUUUAACGUAUAGCACAUAGCACCCAUUAAAGGAAGUAAACAAAUUACAUUUAGCAACUAAAUGGACGAGCGAAGUAACUACAAUGAAAUUGUAUAGAUCAGACCCCCUCUGACACUAGGUUUUAAGGCAGUAGGAUAAGUCUAGAGGCAACUGUUGGCAGCAUUCAUGAAUGUGAGUUUGGGGAGGAGUAUAUGAGGAGGAAAAUCUCUACAGUGUUGUGAUCUAAGGCAUGCACAUACUGAACUAUGUUUAAACACAAGCAAAUCGAAGCAUUUACAUGAUUAACAAUUAAUUAAUUAAAAAUGAGGUCAUGAUACGAUAUACACACAUAUGUAUGUAUAGGCAAUAGCUAGUAUGUAGUCUAUUAAUAUUGAGGCACUCUUGGGUUUUUGUAUCGUACUGCACCGAAAACACGUAAGCGGAGAGCAUCACUUAGUGGUUCAUUAUAUGCAAAUCGAUCAAACAAAUGGAUAAAGUAAAUUGUUAUUAACGGAUUAAGUAGAGCUCCAAACCACAGAUAUGUUCACUCUUUCAUAUAAAUCAAGGGAACUGCCAAAACAAUUCUAAACUUUAAAAUAUAAAUCAGAUGUAAAUAAUUUUGUCAGCAUUUUAUUUCCUAAUUCGACACACAGAAUGGUUCAACAUAAGUAGCUACCAUGGAUCGUAUUCCUAAUGUUAUUCAAACAAGUAAAGAAGAGUCGUAAAAAUGUAUCCCGAAACUCUCAUUUAAGCCAUGGCUUAUAAUCCAGACACCAGAAUCCAAAUAAACAAUCAAACUUUUGGCAGUUGUUAGAAUUAAGCAAACACCAAACAAGAGCAAAAAACAAGACAUAAGUACUUUAUUUUAUAGACACUAAAGCUAGGAAAGAAUUAUAAAAACGGUACAUACGAAAUCCAACUGGCUGCAAUGAGAAUUUUAAAAAUUUAAAAACCUCCGCCAUAUGCAGACGGAACUCACAUCCAUAAAAACCCAUUAAAAUUUCAACUUCAAUGGAACCUUACCAAAAUGCAUGUGUAUAAAAAAAUAAGUAACUAUAUACAAAUGAUUUAGUCACCAUAAAAAAAUAAAAGGGAAAUAUAUGCAUAAAUAAAAUCAAAUAUUUUCUGUUGGCAUUUUUUGAUAGCAAAUAACCUAAAUAUUUAUAGCCGAAAAAAAAAUCAAAUGAUGCGCACUUUGUACAAUUUUAUGGAAAACAAAAAAUUAUUAUUUCCAGUCACACACAGGCAGUAUAGGAUAUUUUACACGCAUCCAUAUAAGAGAUAAAAUAAUAAAGAGAACUAUAUAAAAAUGAAACGAAAUUAAAUUAAUUAAAAUUGGCAAAUAGGCCAGAGAAAUGCAUUUUGUCUGCCAGCCAUUGAGGGCGAAGAAAAAAAACAAACACGAGGUAUAACGAGUAAAUAUUGGCAGAUAGGCAGUGCGUUUAAAUUGCCAAAUUUAAGGCCAGAAGUUGCUACUUCAGUGGCCAGCACUGUCGCCUCAAAAAAGACCUCUCCAUCACCAUCAUGAGUUCGGUUCAGUUCCUUCUCUCAAACCAAAAACCAAACUAUGAAAAUUCUGUGCCAACUGUGUUUAAAGUAGAACUCAAAGAUAAAGUACGAAUAAACGAUAUGAACGGAGAAAUUGAAUUAUGACCGCUCAUAAAACACUGCAUGUAAUUUAUUUGAAAUGUUCGAAAAUAAAGUAGACAAAAAACGAGUAACGCAAUGGCGACUGGGGCGAACCCUGUGCUCUAUGAUAAAUAAUAUUAAAAUACAGACAUCUGUGUAAAUAGUCAAACUGCGUACAUUCUACGCAUACUUAAUUAAUAAACCCAAAAAAAAAACAGACCCAUGAGAAGUAGAAUCUUAAAGAGAUAUAAUGGGAGAUGAAGUCUUUUGUUGCCACUUUCCAUCACUUUUUGAAUUCCCCAUAAGUUUUGGUCUUUAUUUGGUCUGGCAGUUCGAUAGCAUAAGUUUCACUUGUAUGAUAAAUAAAACUAAACCAAAUAUUUAUAUAGAGAUAUUAUACGUAUAUGGAAAAGGAAACCUUAAAAUAAUGACGCACUGAAUCAAAUAGAAGAAACGAGUAUUUAAAAACCAAGACAAUUAAAAACCAUAAAAGAACUUUAAGCAAAACCAAACAAAAAUAAAACAAAAAAAAAACUGAAAUUUA